GCAGCUAGUGUCGUCCCCUCGGUCAGUCUUCGUCAUGGCGUUGAGGAGCUGCAGGAUCCUGGUUUCGGCGCCGCAGCGACGAUCCUCAAGCGCCCUAGCCUCCGUGUCAGCGCACAAUAACGCCGAGCAAAAUGUGAAACCGUAUUCUAGCAUCCCUCAACCCACUAAAUUGCCGAUUUUUGGACACACUCUGCUUUACAGUGCAUUAGGUCCUUACGAUAUCAGCAAAUACCUAGACGCUCUGAAAGACAUGCACCAAAAGCUAGGACCCAUAUUCCGGCAGCAGCUGCAGGGCGGCGCCCAGGGCGAGGUGGUGCACUUGUCCCACCCUGAGGACAUCAAGAAAGUUCUGGCCGCCGGAGGCACGACGCCCUUGGUGCCGCCCAUCCAAGAGGGCUCCCGCCUCUAUCGCCUGAUGAGGGGCUACGCUGUCGGUCUUGGAAACAUGAAUGGCAAAGAGUGGCAAGUAAUGCGAAAGGCUUCACAACAGCAACUCCUGAAACCGGGGCACGUUAUGCGGUUUUUACCCAGCGUCGAAGACGCAACGCAGAGUCUCAUUGACGAGAUGCGCACUCGCAGAGACAAGGAAGGUGUCGUGGAAAACAUUUACACGCUUAUUGCCCGAUGGUAUUUAGAGAUUUCUGGUUUGAUUGUGUGCGAAAAACGCCUCGGCGCUCUGAAUGGCAGCGUUCGGGAUCAGGAAGAGGGGUAUGAAUGCGUGCGGGCCAACAUCGAAAUUUUUAAGCUUAAUUCCAAGCUAAAAGUGGCGUCGCCGCUCUUCAGGGUCUUUCCGAUCUCCACCUGGAGGCAGCUGGUGCGCUUUGAGGACACCCUCCAUGAUUACAUAGAAAAACAUCUAACAGAUGCACUGAGAAAAAUGGAAGAGCUUAUCAAUGCGGGAGGACUGGAAGGGAAAUAUGAAUUUUUAGCAACAAUGUUGUCUAGAAAAGAAAUCACUCGAAAUGACAUGUUUUUCUUCGUGCAUUCCAUGUUUUCGGACGGACUCGCAACGGUUCCAUCAACAAUUCAAAGUUGCAUUUAUAGCCUGACAAAGAACCCCGAUGUGCAGGAAAAACUGUAUCGCGAAAUUCAAUCGCACGGAUUGUCCAUCACAAAGGAACUGACCCCUGAAGUGCUGGACCGCUUGAGCUACACGAAAGCUGUCAUCAAAGAGACCUUCAGAAUGUUCACGUUGGGCUCUGAGGUAUCGCGAGUUUUACCAAAUCGAAUGAUACUCAGUGGCUAUGAAAUUCCGGCUGGGACUGUAGUUGAUGUUAACAACUCGGUGUUACUUCGGAACGAAAAGUACUUCCCACAGCCGGAUAAGUUCAUUCCUGAGCGAUGGAUGCGCGGCGACGACCUGGCUUCAAAAAAUGCAUUCCUAUUGACACCCUUCGGUCACGGCGCCCGCAUGUGCGUUGGUCGACGCUUUUCGCAACAAGCCCUGCACGCCGGACUGGCCAGACUGGUGCAGCGGUUUAAAUUUACCGAGGUGGAGAGCGACGCUGAUCUUGAGUACGGCCAGGUGUACCAAACCCUCUUAUUCCCAAACCGGGAAAUCAGGGUGCAGAUCGAUUACCGACCCCAAAACUAACCACGAGGCUCCUGAACGAUGAAAAGACUUGUAUAAUAAUUUAAAACAAUAUUGUUCUGCUUCCGUAAGAAAUAAAUAAAUAAUUUCAUCUCCUAUGUAUUUUGCAUGUUUUACAUAACAUGCAUCAUAUGGAACAUAAAUAACUCUGAUAUCAGAUUUUGAAUCGAGCAACAACAAAGCAAAUAAAACACAUCUUUGAAGUGCUUCCAAGCAUGCAACCACGCCAGUGCCUUCAAAGACGAAUUUGCAUCUUGGCACACACAAUAACCUCUGAUUGGCCGUGGUGUGCACGCGUGAAAAAAUCACGCGGCCUUGCCGGUAUUAGCGCCAAUGAUAAAAAAAGCGAGAGAGAAGAUGCGAUCAAACUGACAGAGCCGUGGUCGGUUUUUACGCCAAAGCGGCUAUUUUUCUUUGUUUUGAUGUUGAUGCGGUGCGCGCGAGAAAAAAAGGAGAAGAUUCACUGCUGUGUGCGCGAGAAAUAAGGAAGAAUGGGCCGCCGCGCGGUGCCCUUGAAAGCGGUUGUUUAAAAGACGCGAGUGCAAUUGCUGCUCGUCACACUCGACAGCCAAACACCAACAUGCACAGACUUGUCGCACUGCUCGCCCUGCUGAUGGCCUGCGUGGUCGCCCUGACGAUGGCCAUGCCGUCGCCCGAUGGAGAAGACGUCGUCAUCCAACCUGCUGAACUGGUCUUCGAGGAGCACCUGCCCAGCGACGGACAGCAGAGCGACAAGACGCUGGCCAAAUUCGUCGAAGAGCUGCUCGCUCUCAGAAACAAACCUCUGUAAACUGCUCAACUGACACUGGAUCAGAAUGAAGAUUCGACUCUGGUUGUGAAACUCCCACAAAAUAUUAUAAGAGCAUUAUGUAUUCCUUUACAACAAUACAAUUAAUACUGAAAAAAUGAAGCGAGUGUGUGCAAAUGUUUCUACGAAAUGUGAAACUGUUUAAUUGCUAGAAAAAUAAAAAAGUAAACAAAAUA